AUGGCUUCAUCUUCGGAAGAAGAGUUCAUGGGCGAUGAAGAGCAAACCCUGUUAAAGAAGCAAUCGAAACGGCCCAAGAUUGAAGAUGAUGGUAACGAUGACGAUGAUAUGCCUCUUACGAGCCUAAAAAAGACGAAGACGAGGAUCGAUAGAGUGAAGCCUGAUCCUGCACCUUCUUCGUCAUCGCAGAAGAAAGAAGCUGUCAAGAAGAGAAAACACAAGUCCUUGUCGCAACGUGAAGAUGCAAAAAAGCCUUCUGUCAAAAAGGUCAAAACGGAACCCAAUUCUUCCAAGCCACGCGAACUCAAAAAACUUGACAAAACGGAAC